ACCUCUUCCUCUCUCCCUCCCAUAUGUUACCCUAAUAAAUUUCUAGUUGCAGAUUGAAAAUGUUAAUGUCAGCUGGAGUGGCGGAAAUACUGAGAAGCAGCCAAAAAGAUGCGGCUGUCGUGGAAUCCCUGGCUGCUCCUGCCAAUCUGAUUCUCCAAAAGUGGCUGGGGCAGACGAGAUGGAUGAGAACGAAGGAAUUUUGGAAGGGAAACAUCGAGUUUAUUUAUUAUGCUCUCACGACACUCAACGGCAACCAGACUCUGGGAGAAGAAUAUGCAGGCCUCAUUCACGUGGAUCACACGUUCUUGCGAAUCCCUUCCUUUCGGGUUGGCAUGGGCUAUCUACGAUAUUUUCGGGUCUUGGAGUCGAACCUUUUUGACAUAAUAUUGCAUCGCUUUCAGACACGACUGGUGAUGGUAAUGGCCAGAUGUUAUGGGAUGCUGGCGUGCCAAGCAGUGAUCAGGGAGCUGUCCAGGAAUCAAGAAAGUAAUUAUGCAGAGGCCCAGAAUUCUUGGGAAACUCUUCUGAACAUGCUUCAAAGAUUCCAUGCGUGUCUGUUUUACAUGGGCAGUGGAUUUUAUCAUCCCGCAAUGCGGCUCGCCGGAAUAAACCUCGUGUUGAUCAGAAGAUGGUUGGGUUCUGAUGAAGGAACGUCAUCGUGGCUUCGAAUACUCGGCUGGAUUUCCUUGCUGAAUAUGAUCUCGGAAAUCGCGAUCAGACUACACGGAGUGGGCAGAGAGACGGAGAAGGAGAACGUGGGAAAGCCCACAUCGGACAGGAGGGAAAGCUCAAAAAAUGCCAAGCAGUGUCCCUUGUGUCUGGAGAUUCGACGAAGACCAGGGUGCUUGCCCUGCGGUCAUCUCUUCUGUUGGCAAUGUGCCGUGAAUGCUGUGUCCGUUGAGAAUCGAUGUCCUUUGUGUAGAGAACCCGCUUCUCUAUCUCACAUCAUUCCCCUCAUGAACUAUGCC